AUGAGACAGAUCACCGUUGCCUGUCUCCGCGUGAGGAAAAUAACCAUACAGAGGUUGCUAGUAAGUCGGUGUCAGUUGAACGCGGUCGAACUGUGGCACACGUCCAUUGCUUUAGAAGACCAAUCUGACGAUCUCCAAAACCCGCUGAAGGACGACCCUCGCUUUCAGUUUUACAGACUGUUCUCAGAGAAAGAAAAGGAAGCGCUGAAAAUAAGUUACGACCGUUUCAUCAACGAGCCAAAGGAGCUUGCCAUGUCCGUGUUCAUUAAGUAA